AAGUUCUUUAAAAUACGAAUCGUGCUUGUAUUAUUAUGCUAUGGUUACUUUCGAACGCGAUAUUUCAGCUUGCUCGUAGUUUGACAUAUCGAUCGGCACGGCGACCUUCUCCGUUAUGUUUUCCGCCUGAAGUCCCGGAGUCUCGCCGCUCAAACACGGGCCGGAAUGACAUCACAUCCUGAUUGACAGGUGUCCAUACAGAGGUAGAGCUGACAUAGGAUCUGAUGGCUCCGACAAAGUGACGAGGCUUGUUGGUAACGUCGUCCGGCAUGUCUGCAUGUGACAACUUUGUGGAACACGCAUGGAAGCCAGGGACGUGUACAAACUGUUUUCUCUCCAAAGGACUCCACUCGCAUAGCGACUCCAGCGCGCAAAGUGUCGAACUACUGCAACAGAAAAUACGACGAGCAUCGGCGCCGGAUGUACGCCGGACGGAAAAUAGGAAUCCGAUAUUUGGGCGGGCACGUUCUGGGUCAGCGUUAUUGGCAAGAACUCCUCAAGAUGCAAGGAAUAAGCCAAAGAUACCACUGGAGGUAAAAGAACACAAAAAAGCCACCAUAAGUAGCUUCAAUAUGGAAGAGUUCAAAAGUCAGAGCAAGGUCAAAGUUCAAAUAGCCAAGAGAGAGGGUGACAAAGAUUUGGGUCAGGAACUUGGGCGAACACAAAAGUUGCUGGAGAAAUUUGAAAACAGAAAUGGAAGGGACAAGGAAACUGAUAUGGAAGAAGAAUGGCAGAGAGAGAUGGAAAAAUUCAUGGGAAGGAUAUCGGAAAAAAGUCAAGUAGCGGCAAAGUCGAUUCCUAGAAAAAGUGCUUUAAAGAAAGAAGGAAAGAAAGCGAAGGUCAGUGUGCAGUUUGCACCGAAGGUCGUUGAGGUCAUAGGUCAGGAUGGAGGACUGUUUUCUUUUGAUGGGUCAUCAGAUGAUGAGGAAUCUGAGGCUGAUGAAUCUGAGGCUAUGGAUGAUGACCAAUCAGACCAGCACACAAGGGGAGUUUCAGAGGUUGUCGAGAAAGGUAGCAAGGAUGAAAUAACAGAGGACGACUUGGAGGAAGAACUGAAUGACCUUGUCAAAACAGUAACACAGAUACAGGAGAAUGGAAAGACUUCAAAGUUCUCGCAACUCAGGGCCGACACGUUUUCCCCUGUGCCAUUCAUAAAGCAGAAGCUGUACAACACGGUACCCCUCUGUCGUAGCACCCCCACCCCAAGGGCCGCAGUCGCCCCGCUCUUCCAUCAGAGCUCCGAUACGGACUUGUUACGAAAUGUUGCUUCCAACGUCGCUCCGGUUAAACCAUUCUCCAUACAGGGAGAGGUGAGGAAAGCGAGAACGAUGAGCGACAGUUCGGGGUCGGACGGUAUAUACGCGUUACCGUACAGAGCUCCGACUGGUAACACUCCGCCAAAGGCCCUCCCGCAACCCCACUACUACCACGUCUUGGACAAUUCUCAGAGUGGGGACGAUUCAGAACGGGAAACUCCCGCCGAAAAAGCCCACAAGGACGUUAAAGUAGAACUCUACCAGGUCAGUCUGAAACCACAACCAAACUUUACCAUGCCUUACAGAGUGGUGGACUUGGACCCUCCAGCAAUGGUGAAGCCAUACACUAUUAUAGACAUAGCAACCAACCCCCCAAAUGAGUACCCUGAUCCCUCUAUAGUUAGAAAGGGAACAGAGCCAUACUAUCACGAGCUGUGGAAUGCAGGCAGUUCACCGAGUGGAUCGGAAAGAUCCUCCCCAUCCACGUCAGGUGGUACAGCCCAGGUCAAAGUCGACACCCCUUCACCGAUGAAUGGCACGUCCUCACACAAGGAGGGCGAAGGCGCGAAGACUAAUGCGGGGAUGCCUCCGUUUCCUAGGAUUCUUAAAGAUGAUGUAGGGAGUCCUAAGUCACCACACAAGGUGCCUAUUCUCAUUGACCCAAUGGCAUACGACAACCUUGUAGGCUACAAAGGUCUGUUACACAAAUGUAGCCCACCUAAUAACCUGAAAGAUGGGGAGGAUGGUGUGGAGGGAACAGAAAUCAGGCAGCCUAAAGUGUCUAAUCUGCACGCCAACAAGAAAGGACCGAACCAACAUGAGAAGGGGGAGUCAGGUACUGUUUUAAGUACAUUUAAACCUGACUUUGAAAGAGCAUCACCUGAAGGGGCUGCAAAGAAAAAGGCCCCUCCUCCACCUCCCCUUACUGGUGUGGUCCCCACCGCCCCUCCAAAGGAAAUGGUGUCACACAACUACCCCCCUUCGCCAAGUAGAACGUCCCACUCGCCAUCCCCGAAGAGAAAAGACCGACCGGUGGCCCCGCCUACUAUACAGGAAAUGGUGUCAUUCAUCCCCCCUCCAAAAGGUGAUGGUACCAGCAACAGUUUCCUUUACCCUUCAAAAAACAGCAGUCCAAAAAGCAAAACACUGCCCAUUGCAUCACCUUCCAAGGAUGGCAAAUCCUCGCCUUUAAGUCUCAAGAGUAUGUCGCCUACUUCCCCGACUUCUCCCACACAUGAAAUUUCAUCCAAGUGGUCACCAGUGGGAGAACACAAGUCUAAGAAGUCCAGAGGCUUUUUCAAGAAACUUUUGGGUAGAAACAAAGGGGAGCUGAGCUUUGUCGAUGACAAUGAAGUUGCGGGGGAUGAUGUCGUGUUGGUGAACCAGAACCUAUUUGGUGGCGUCAGAAGUUCAGAGUCUUCCGACACCUUAGACAGCAUUGCUUCGUCGAGGAAGAAAUCUGGUUCAAGUUCUGACGCCAGCAGUUCCGAACCCUCUCCGGGAAUCCGUCGAAGAAUGCAAGCCUUCCAAAACAACGGCAAGGACACGCCAGUCCAGAAACUGUUAGAGAAGCCUAGAACGCCACCUUCGCAACGCAGUAUCGCCACACAGAUAUACAAGAAACCAUACCACAGUAGCGGGUCUUCCAGUGACAAGGAUAGUACUCUCGAGAGGCCGCUGCGACAAACGAAACCUUCCACGAAGAAAACAGCCGCUCCGCCACCACCCAGACCUCCAAGGGAUAAAACACCCACAAGACAAGCCAUGCGGCCACCAACUCAAGGAAGCGAUGCCACCCCUGUGAAGGUAAACAGCUCUCCCGUAGACGACAAACGUCCACCACGACCAGCGAGACCUCCGGUAUUCGCAACAAGUCCACCCAGAAGGUCGAUAAGCGCCGACCGACUGAGGAAGUCAUCAGAGAGUGCUGGGGAGGCGGAAUACGGUAACACAGGUUUUGCCAGAGUGGACUUAGAGACACCUACAAAGCCAACCCGACCAUCCCUACCCCCUGCUCUGUCCAGAACCCCAUCCCCCUCCACGAAGCCAACCCCCUUCAGUAAGCCGUCCCCCUCCAGUAAGCCAUCCCCCUCCAGUAAGCCACCCCCCUCCACCCCUGGUCUCCGUUCAGUCCUCAAGUCUCCACAGACCAAGCGAAAACAGCUCAGUCCCUCUGAUCAAAGUAAAGAUUCUCCUCCAAGAAGACCAGUCCGAGUGGUGUCCCCAACUAAGGAGAAAGCAGCUUUCUUCAUAGACAACCAUGGCCCACCCCACUCCUACGUGAAUGUAGAACUUGGUUCAGUUCCAAACGGAAGCCUUAGUGACUCAGACGCUCAAUCACCGAAUCAUCAUAAACCCAAACCAAAGCCAAGGCCCCAUACUCCAACGAAAGAAGUGCCUGAUAGCUCGUACUACACACAGCUGACAGCUAUGAACAAGAAGACAUUAGAGGCUGUGACCGAAAAGUGGAAGAGGGGGUGGUGGUCAUCGGUGGAAGAGCUGAAGAUGGUUAAAGCAGAGGAUAUUGUACUGAUAGAGGCUGUUCCAGACUGUGGUGCUGAACACUCUGUGAUCUACAGCGCUAAAGUAAAAACUCUUCCUGGCAAGGACAUAUCAGUUAAGGUUUACACAGAUCAGCAAGGUAGAGCCUUGUUCCAGAAGGAGGUCCACAUUCUUCAGCCCCUCCCACCUCACCCCAACAUCUACUCACCAGCUAAGCUCAUUCAAACAAAACUGCCAGGACCAUCCCACCAAUCACAGCAAGCCUUGCCACAGCAGAACAACCAAUCAGGGAACAUGUUAGAUAGCAAGUUAGCUGUAUAUACCCAAGUGCCUACGGACACUCUUGCAAACUAUGUGAAGGAGUCAAAACGACUGCACGAAAAGGACCCAGAAGUUUACGAGAAGGAAGUUUCCCUUUUGCUGCUACAACUCCUAAAAGGCUUGGAGCAUCUGAAGAACAAUAAUAUUUCUCAUUAUGAUCUGAGACUGGAAAACAUCCUUCUCGCAGUGAGUGACAAAGAAGACAGCCCGCAACUUCUAGUUUCGAAUUUCAGCCACGCGAAACUGAGAAGUGAUGACUCUCGAUCGUCAGCGGACAUUGAGCGCCUUGCUCCCGAAGUGGUGCAGGCCAUUCGGAAUGCUUCCGAUCUUCAGUACGGCAAGUGUGAUGAAUUCGCCGCCGGAAUUCUAAUCUACGAGCUUCUCCACAUGUCCAAUCCAUUCCGGAAUCCAAGCCUUACACAGGACGGGUACAACAUCAAGGACCUACCGGAAAUUCCCCGGAAAUCUGUUUAUUCCGAAGUGUUGCAGAAUCUCGCUCACUGCCUACUACAGCCGAAGCCAAAGGAUAGAAUCACGUCAACACAAGCCGUGGAAAGUCUUCAGUGCCUGUUCUGGGGCCCUCCUCCAGAGAUGUUAGACUCAGUGGAAGGCGCCACGUACCAGGAACAUGUGUAUAAGUGGUUGGAGGUUGAACAAGGGAAGAUGGUGAACACCAUUGUGGCUAAGUGUGUGGGGAACUCUGGAGGCCUUAGUCUAACUGACGGUAUGCAGUGUGAGUUUCUGUCCCAACUGAGCGUCGAGAAACUUACAAUGGCCAUGACUUUGGUGAAACAAGGAGUUGGAAGAAAAAUGAACAGUGGUGCUAGAGUAUAACUACAUGUAUGUUCACAGGUGCAACUGUGUGUUCGAUAUAUGAGCUUGUUGAUGUCAUCCAUUCAGUCAAGACAGUUUGGCCUUAGUUAACUUAAGCAUCUGUAAGACAAGCACAAACAAGAGAACAUGUUUUGUUAUGGAAUUCUAAAAGAUUAGCAGACUUUAUACAUGAUUUUCUUUCACAAUGACAGAUCCAAACAAGGAUGUUUUCCUUAUACAUGUAGUCCAGUUUCAUUGAAAAAAGUAUUGUAUAUCUUUACUUACAUGUGCCAAUUGAGUUGCCUUACAUACAUUCUUGUUAAGGAAUUCAGAAGAGCCAUUGAUGCCAAUGUUUUCUUUGUUUUUUUAGAUCAGUAUUUUGAUUGGAUAGCUGAAAACUUGUAACAGUUUCUCUCACAAGGUGCAUUCAAGAAAAUCAGGUGGAAAAUGAAAUUCAAAAGUUAGUGAUGAAGUGAGCAUUUAGAGAGUCAUUGUUUUAGUUUUUCUAUAAAAAGCACCCAAAAUGCCAAUCAAAGACAGAAAAAAACAGUUCACUGCCUUUUACUAGCUGUAGUAGAAAGAAUGGAAACACAGUAACUAUUAUCAGAAUAACAUUGUGUGUGUAAUUCAUUGUUCAGCAUCUAAGGUAUAUUGAAUUUUCUAUGCUGCAUUUUAAAGCAAAAUAUUGGAAGUUUUUCAAAUGUAUUGGUCUUCUAUGUUGUACUAAUUUUUUUUUUCAAAUCGUAGAUAUGGAAUUUACUGUGAAAACAAUGCUUAUCAUGGACUGGUAAUAGUUAUUUUGUUGUCAUAUGGUAAUGUUUAAGAAAUCAUUUCAAACUGUAUUGUUUGAAUGAGUUAGUAUUUUGUCUAACAGUGUGCCAAGUGUACAUAUUGUAAACUGCAACAGCAGUGUGCUUUAUUUAUUCUGGAUAUUGUCAGUGGUAAAGCUGCUCCUCCUAGCAGUUCAAUGUGGCAGUGCAGGAUCAAUGCACUUCUGAUUGUUACUUGUAUGUACACUUUACAGUUGUACAUAUUUGCAAUGCAAAGGCUAACAAGUACAUUGUAUUUGACUUUCCUUUACAGAAUAUUAUGUGGAUAAUGACAAGAAAUAAGUUAUCAACAAUUGUAGUUAUGUUAUAUAUGUUCAUUGCCAAAUUAUGGUUAAAAUAUUUCUGCCAUGAAAAUAUUUUUUUGUGCUGUAAAUAUUUAGUAUUAUGUACACAAUAUAAUGAUUUGUGAAUGUG